CAAGAGGAUGAGCGGAUGUUUGACAGCACGCAGGGAGGCGACACAUCAAGUUGUUUUAAAGCAGAGCUGAUCGGGAUCUGAGCGGCGGAGUGGCGGAGCGUCCCAGGACCGAGGCGUCCGUGAAGGUAGCACUAGCAGCAGCAGCUGGACAUGCUGCAGACAGCAGCCUCUGAGGUGCAGGUCUGGGUUAUUGACGUCCUCGGGGUCCUAGCACCAGUGUGAUUGGUUCCUCAUGCGUCACUUCCGCUGCUCACGUGGAUCCAGGACUCUCUCACCCUACAAGUUAUCCCGUUCCUGUUUGGAUCUCUGCAGCUGUCAGUGCUCAACACGUACUUCUGGUGAGUGAGGGGUUGUUCCUCCCGGGUUCGGCUUGAUCUCCACCAUGGCAGGGGAUCUCUUCAGCCCCCCGUCCCCACUCGGGGAUUCCCUACUGGACAGUCCGCUGUGUGGAGAUCUGAUGGACGAUCUUCGGGACAUCUCCCAGUCCAUGGGAGAUGACACGCUGGAGUUUGACUUCCCGGUGUACCAGAGCACCGGCUCGGGGUCCGAGAGCUCCAUCGCGCUGGACACCCUGACCCCGGCCUCCAGUCCGUCGUCGGGGGUGUGCGGAGCAGAGCCCGGCCCAGAGGAGAGCUUCAGCCCCCUCAACCUGGAGUGCAAGGUGUGCUCGGACAAGGCCUCGGGCUUCCACUACGGGGUGCACGCCUGCGAGGGCUGCAAGGGUUUCUUCAGGAGGACCAUCAGGCUGAAGCUGGAGUAUGACAAGUGUGAGCGCAGCUGCAAAAUCCAAAAGAAGAACCGCAACAAGUGCCAGUACUGCCGAUUCCACAAGUGUCUCAAUGUGGGCAUGUCCCACAACGCCAUCCGGUUUGGUCGGAUGCCUCAGGCGGAGAAGUUAAAGCUCAAGGCAGAAUGCAAGAUGGUGGAGAACGAAGUUUCAAGCCCCAUGCUGGCCGACGACAGGAUUCUGGUCGGGCAGAUCCACGAAGCCUACAUGACGAACUUCAACAUGAACAAGGCGAAAGCUCGGCUCAUACUCACCGGAAAGACCAGCAAGCCGCCUUUCAUCAUUCACGACAUGGAAACGUUCCAGCUGGCGGAGAGGACGUUAGCGGUCCAUGUGAUAAACGACGACGGCCCGGAGCCCGAGAGCAGCCUUCAGGCUGGGGAGGUGGUCCUGGCGGCGGGGUGUGGGGAGCUCCAGCAGAGGGAGGCUGAAGCCCGGCUCUUCCACUGCUGCCAGAGCACCUCGGUGGAGACGGUCACAGAGCUGACGGAGUUCGCCAAGGCAGUGCCGGGCUUCCAGAGCCUGGAUCUGAAUGAUCAGGUGACUCUCUUGAAGUACGGCGUUUACGAAGCCCUCUUCACCCUCCUGGCCUCCUGCAUGAACAAAGACGGCCUCCUGGUGGCCCGCGGUGGAGGCUUCAUCACUCGAGAGUUCCUCAAGAGCCUCCGGCGGCCAUUUAGCGACAUGAUGGAGCCCAAAUUCCAGUUCGCCACACGCUUCAACUCCCUGGAGCUGGACGACAGUGACCUGGCUCUUUUUGUGGCAGCCAUUAUCUGUUGCGGAGAUCGGCCAGGCCUGGUGGACGUGCCUCUAGUGGAGCAGCUGCAGGAGAGCAUCGUCCAGGCACUCCGGCUCCACCUGCUGGCCAACCACCCGGACGACAACUUCCUCUUCCCCAGACUGCUGCAGAAACUGGCCGACCUCCGGGAGCUGGUCACCGAGCAUGCUCAGUUGGUGCAGGAAAUCAAGACGACAGAGGACACGUCGCUGCACCCGCUCCUGCAGGAGAUAUACAGGGACAUGUACUGAGGACAUGAACCAUGAACAGGGUUAUUAGAAUAUUUAAAACUGGACGUCCAUAGAUACUGAUGCUAUCAUGCAUAUCAAUGUACUGUAAGUAGCUUAUUGUGCAGCUGUUCUGAGUGCACACUGCUGUGAUCUGCAGUGGUUGCCUGUGACUUUAAAACUUCCUACUGGAACAAAACAUAAAUGAGAUUAUAUUGGGGGGAAAGGCAGCUCUUGUAGGCGGUGAGGCUGCUUCCAUGAAAGGGGACACAGUGGGGAACAAAAAUCUUACACCAUAGAUGUGUAGAUAUUUUUUUAAUGCAUUGAUAUGAGAUUGGGUCCUGGAUGCCAGAUUUUACUCUACAGACUGAACAAAAGCUAAAUAGGGAAUAGACUUUGCAAAUUUGCAUAUUUAAAAUACCCGGACAUGACGGCUGAAUUAUGGUAAAAGAAGCUAGAGAACAUUUAUAAUCUUUGAGGCAACUGAAAUGUUGGUUGUGCAACUCAAUACCAGACAUAUUCCUAAUAUUUUGGAUAUUUAGAGCAUAUGAUAUAUUCAUUUAAGUCAUUUGGAUGUGGUUAAUAUCAUUGUCAUACUAGUGCCUUAUUGAAAUGGGCCACAUCUCCCUCUACCAUUUUGAGAUUAGUAGUUGAAGAAACGCCUGCAUCAGUAUUCACAAAGUGCCAUAAUGUGUCAAUGCCAUAGCUCAUAUUUCCUCUAUUUUGAUCACUGUAUACAUUGCAAUGAACUAAAAGUAACUUUAUUUCCACUGUAAGCAGCCAUCAUUUGAAAAUAUUGUAAUUUAAUGUGUAAUAUAUUUUAAUAAUUCUUUAUUCUACUGCUAAAAAACCAACACAAUAGCUCACCUUACCUACUUUUUUUUUUUUUUUUACAAAAGCUGCCAUUAAGGCACCUUAUUGGCCGGCGGAAUAUUUUGACCACAAACGCAAUAAUCCGUUAAGCUGGUUUUAUGAUUUAUUUUGUAAAUAUAACAAGAAUGUGGUGACCACAGUGAAAGUGGUAAAAACAGACCUCAACAAAGAGGAGCUGGUCGCCUCAUUUGCUGUACUUACACUCCACCUCCCAGUGUAGUAUCGAAACACUGGUUCUUGUCAUAAUGAUAUAUAUUUUUUAUCAUGUAGUGUACAAUAAAAAAAAUGCAUUUGCUGUUUCAAUAAUUAUGUCAUGUGGUAGUUUAAAAUAAACUAAUAUAUUUAACUUGUA